AUGGCGUUUGAUGUUCGGAAAUCAUGGCUGAAGAACAAGGUCCUUGACCUCCUUGGAGCCCAGACCUCUCAAUGGGACAGCCUCCUUAGCCGGGUGAGCCCUUCUGCUGUCUUACGAGCUACCCGUACCAUUUUGACAGCUGACGGCGAAAGUGAAUUUCCGAAGAACGGCCAGAAAAACCCAUUAUCGCGUAAAGGCGGCGCCGCUGAGCGACAACUGCCGCAAUACGCUUUUGGAAAUGUUGACCCCCUCAUUUUCUCGCUCCAGCAGUGGAAUAUGCUUUCAGGGGAUUUCAGCGUUCGGCCUCAAUUCUCUUGGACUAAUCAUAUUGCGUGCCUCUAUUCCGUGGACGUAGCUGGCAACCUUGGCAAUUAUCAGUAA